AUGGCAUCCUCUAAUCUCCCAUCUAUAAUGAAAGCCAUCCUCCAGUCCAACAAGCACUCCCACAAACUCAUCCUCUCAUCUCAACAACCAGUUCCUACCCGAACCCAUCCUCAAGACAUCCUCGUCAAAGUCCACGCUACCUGCCCCUGCAAGGGUGAACUCGACUGGGCCCUCUGGGCGUCCGAGUUCAUCGGCGACAAGAUCCCCAUUCCCGGCCAAGACCUCGCAGGAACCGUCGUCUCAGCCCCAGAGAAUAGCGGCUUCAGACCCGGCGACGAGGUCUACGCCCGUAUUGAAGCCAACCGUCCUGGCGCAGGUGCUGAAUAUGUCCUCGCCCGGGUCUCUGAGCUUGCCAUCAGACCCAAGAACUUGACCUGGGCUGAAACUGCGGCGAGUCCUAUCAGUGCGCUUACUGCAUAUCAGGGAUUGUUCACUAGAGGAGGUUUAGAUCCUGAGGCUGUGAAAGGCGAUGGAGCUGCGCGGGAGAAGAAUGGCAAGAUCCGGGUUUUGAUCAAUGGUGCUGCUGGGGGAGCGGGAAGCUGGGCGGUGCAGCUCGCUCGUAUCGCUGGAGUCAAUACUAUCGCAGGAGUUGUUGGAACACAGAAUAUCGAUCUCGUUCGACAACUUGGUGCGACUGAGACCAUCGACUACAAGAAGCAGAGCAUCGGAGAGUGGGUUGCCCAAGAUCCCGCAUCUCGACAAUUCGACCUUGUCUUUGACUGUAUUGGUAUGCCUUCUCUGGCCCAGAUGUGGUAUGCAGUUCGAGAGGGAGGAAUCCUGGUCAGCGUCUGUGCUCCACCAGAGCAGAAUCGUCCGGAGGAUGUCAAGAAGGAUGUCAACAGUUUCUUCUUCGUCAUUGACCCCAUCGGCAAGGAUCUAGAUGUCAUCACUAAGCUCCUGGAAGCAGGUCAGAUUAAGCCGCAUAUUGAUAGCGUGGUUGGUCUCGACGAUUUUGAAGAUGCCUGGGAGAAAGUUGAGUCGGGUUGA